AUGCGUAUAUUUCUUAAAUUACCAGAUGAAUUAUUGGUCCAAAUCAUCAAAUAUAUUAAUGAUAAUUCGAAAAUUGAAGAAUUAAUAUCAAUCCCAACAUUACAGAAAUAUGCUUUACAAGCAAGGUAUUAUAAAUAUCAACUUGUUGAAUGGGAUCCAGAUUCUGAUGGAACAAUGCAUAGUAUGAAAUUGUUAUACGAGAUUUACAAUUUUAGACCUUCAAGAAUAAAACUAGAAGUAGAUCAAUUACAUGAAUUAUUGAAGCUAGAAGAACCUUCGGAUUCACGAAAAGAAUUUUCAUUUAAUAUUGAAAAUAUGAAUGAAUAUCGUCAUGCCGAAUUUGAAAUAGUUAUCACAGAUUAUAUGGAUGUCGAUUUGGAGCUGAUUUUGAAAACACUCAAUGUUGUGGGGGUUCAUUUGUUGAAAGAAGAACCGUCUUCAAUGACCGACAGUGAUUCUGAUCUCGAAAUUGAGCCUUUAUCAUUUCAAAAUUAUUUGCAAACGAUUCAAUUAAGCAAGAUAAAAUUAUUGAAAAUAGAAUUUAGCUUUGAUUUCGUGAACAAAUUUCCUACAUCAUUAAAAGAAUUGAAAAUAAAUCUUGAUCAUAGAAAAGUUGAUUUAAAUUUAAGUGAACUACAAUGUCUUGAAUAUUUUACUUGUGAGAGUUUGCUAGGGGUGGAGUCGUUGGAUGCUCUUCAAUUAUCUAAAACAACCAAAUCCAUCGAACUUAUCAAUUGUGAAUUUAAAACUUUGGGAAAUAUGAGAGCUUACAACUUUUUGAGGCACAUAAAAAUUCGUUGUUGUCGAUAUUUAUUUCCAGUCAUCAAAAGUUUCUACCCAGAGUCAUUGGAAACCUUGAUGUUAUGGCCGACUUUCAAUCGAUACAAGAUCAGACAAUUACAUGAAUCUGUAAAACAAGGAGUAAACACAGAAUUCGAAUUAUCAGACUUUUCAAGGGAUGGUAACUCAUUUCUCCUUGGAUCCAAUUUUAAACUUUCCUCGAAUACAAAAUUUUUGAGGAUUAAUGGAAAUCCUGGUAUUAUUGUGUUGGGGAGUAACCUUUGCUUAAAAUCCCUCCAACAUUUGGAGCUUUAUAAAAUUCGGAACCUUGAUUUGAAUGAUCUUUUUGCAUCAUUACCAGAAAAUAUGAUAAGACUCCAAAUUAACUCUUGUCUAAUAUCAAAAGUUGAUAUCCGCUUAAAUCCUCCUAACAUAAGACAUAUGGAAUUUACAUACAACAAAUUAUCGAAUAUUUUUCAAAUAAAUCUAAUGCAGUUAAGAAGUAUAGAUCAUUUAAGGGUUUUAGGAAACAUAUUAAUUGCACCUGACUAUAAUGAGGAAAUAUUCGAUCCAUCCUGGUUAUUUUUAAAUGAGCUUAAUGUUUUUAAAAGAACCAGCGAAUGCUCAAUUAAAAAAAGGAAAGUAUGUGGAAUGACUAAAACACUGCAAAUUGAUUUAGCUAGUAUUACACUUUUGGAUUUAACAAAAUCCUUUCCAUCAGGGUAUUCUUUAGCUAAUUUUUCGAAUGACACACUUCCACCUCCUUCUCAGAUUUGUGUUAGCGGCUGCACAGCUUUAAAGGUUUUGAAUUUGUCGGGAUUGGGUAUUCAAGUGUUGGAUUUGAACAAAUUUCCUUGUUCUUUGGUUUCUUUGACAAUUACGAAAUUAGAAUUAUUACAGAUAAAAGGUUACUUUGGUAUGUUAAAUCGAUUAAAACUUUUAAAUCUUGAUCACAACGAAAUAACAUAUUCAAUGUUGGUCGCUCAAAAAUUUCCAUCGACUUUGAAAACUUUAGAUUUGUCUGGAAACAAGAUCGAAGAUUUGACUUGUUUAAAAAUAGAUAAUUGUAUCAGAUUAAGAACCCUAACAUUGGAAAAAGUGACUAAACUGCUGAUUCCAAAUGGUGCAAAUGAGUUAAAAGAGUUAUUUAUCAAAUUAGUUGGUGCUAGGCAUCCUAGCAGAGCGUUAGUAACAACGUAUGAGGGAAGGUUAGUGUUCCAUGUCGUCGAUGGGAAGGCUUUCAACGAAUAUUGA